CCUUGGGGUCCAGGCAUGAGCCGUGUGGCCGUUCCCUGUCCCCUCCCUGAAGUCGGAAUCUUGGUCCGGCAGGAAGGAGGGGGGUUGGGGGCAGGAUCGGGCGGUGCCCUCGGCGUCCGGCCCGUGUCUCCGCCCAGCCAAUCGGCGCCCCGCAGUGGGCAGCAUUCCAGCCAAUCACAGCUCUCGGUUGGGCUCUGGGCGGGGCUCAGCGGGCCGUCCAGCGAGAGGCCCCCGGGAAGGUGCGCGAGCGAGCUUUCUAUCCACCCUGGGGGUGGGGGGUCGCCGCGCUGCCGAGAGUUGGGGCGGGGGUUCGUCUCGAACCUGGGAGCCGAGCGCAUCAUGGGAGGCUUGAAGAGGAAACACUCCAAUCUAGAAGAGGAGGAGGAGGAGGGUGAGAAGUGGGACUGGAAUCCAGCAGGUCUUCGGAGCUACCAGCAAGCCCUGCUCCGCAUCUCUCUGGACAAAGUCCAGCGCAGCCUGGGCCCCCGGGCGCCCAGCCUCCGCAGGCAUGUCCUUAUCCACAACACGCUGCAGCAGCUCCAGGCUGCCAUCCGCCUGGCCCCGGCACCCGCCCUGCCCCCAGAACCCCUCUUCCUGGGUGAAGAAGAUUUCUCCCUGUCCGCCACCAUCGGCUCUAUCCUCAGGGAGCUGGAGACAUCCAUGGAAGAACCUCCAAACCCAGUGGCUCCUGCAGACGUCCCGGACGAGGUGGUGAUGCCCCCGGCUGACCCGGUCUUCUUAGAAGCACUGAGUUCCCGGUACCUGGGGGACGCUGGUCUGGAUGACUUCUUCCUGGACAUUGACACAUCGACAGUGGACAGAGAGCCUACACUGGCUUCCCCAGAGCCUCCUCGUGGCCUCUUCUGUGCCCCGGGAUCCUGGGAGUGGAAUGAAUUGGACCACAUCAUGGAUAUUAUCCUGGGGUCCUAAGACUGUGAUUAGGUUGGGGGUGGGGGGAGAUCCACUCCCACAUCAACCUUAGUGGAUGUGAUGUGUGAGUUCGGUGGAGGCUCUAAAUAGCGAUGCUGGCCCCCCUUCCCUCCCAUUUUAGGGUUCCACAAACUGUCUUGCAUGUGUGUAUGUCUGGUCACCCUAGCCUUCUGUGAAGGUAGGUCUUCCUGAAUUAAUUUAUCUCUUCCAAAUGCCUUAACGAGACUCUGUUUCUGGGAGUCCGAUGAUGUCUCACACAUUUUCUUCUGCCUCCAGUUCCCACUGCCCUUGUGACCUCUAGGGCCUCAGGGAAGAUAAAGCUGGGCCUGUCAGAAGGUGACUGGGGGUGGGGGGCGGGAUGUUGCCAGGUUGCUGUGGAAACUCAGGCUGUGCCUCUUUGAGGGAGUAGAAGGGGCUGGUCUCCUCCCUUCGGGCUGAAGCCCACUUGCUUGGACUCCAGUCCCAGCAGCCUCCAGGCCGGACCACGUGCAAUAAAGUGGAUGUCAGCCUGCUCCAUGCCUCGUUAUUAACAAAAAAAAAAAAAGGCAGGGUUUGUGGUGACUUGUUUUAAUUGUAAUUUUUUUUAAAUAAAAGUAUUUUGGAAGUAU